ACGAACCACCCCGCUCAAAAUCCUGGCUACGUGUCUGAUCUAUCUAAAAAGAAAACAACUUCAUCUUUGAAAGAAACAAUACAAGUCAAAGGUCAGAGCCAAUAAACACGAAAAUGGCCAAAGAACCCUUUUACUAAGUAAACAGAAAUCCAAUAAAGAUGACAAGGAUAUAGAGUUUGGGUGAGCUUUAUCAGAUGCGCUGACAUUCGAUUCGUCGAGUUCGAGUGCUAACCUGCCCUGUUCCAAGAACGUCCUUUACGGUGCUUAGGGGUCUAAGAUAUGACCAGCUCCAAUGUAAACAAUGUAUAUUUUAUCUGUCUUUAACUAUUUAGACAUGACGUAGCAUUCAACUCAGGCAAAAUGACAAGACUCUUCAGACUCUUCCAUUUUAGAGCAUAACGGCACUGCCCCCUGUCGAUACGAAUAGGUGAAUAUGGCUCGUAAAUCGCGCCUUGUGGUUUUCCUGUGUCUGCUUCUUUUCCUUCAAGAGUUUGGGCCGGCGCAUGUCGCGCAUGUCCCACGCCCGAAGCUAAGAGAAGAAGAUCAAGAUGGUAGCGAUUCCGCGGAAGAGCAUCAUCCAGAGCACAAAGAAAAUAGCAACAAAGAACACGAGAAAAAAUAUCAGAAUCCUAGCAAAAGAGGGUUUGGAGGCCUUAUUAAGAACGGCAUCAAGAUUCUGAAGCUCGGCAACCAGGUGCUUCCGAAGCUUGUGACCGUUGCUGCCAUCAGUAACACAGUGUACAGAGCAAUAAAAGGCUGCUGUCAUCAAAACCCGAAAGCUUGCAGCGGCCACAAGGAAAUAGAGAGGCUGAGGGGAGAUGUGGAGCGCAAGGCUAACAAGCUGGACGAGAUUGAGUUAGAAGCCAAGAACAUCCAAGAGUACAUUGAGUCCACCAGUGACAAGUUCGCCUUUGUUCUUUUUGAACUAAACACUAUCGUGGAUAACGCUGAAACAUUCGCGGGCGCACUGACUCCAGAUGUGGCAGUAGCUCUCGCGAACGAGACAAGAAAAAUCAAGAAACUCGUCAGGGAGAAGGACUCGACAGGUGACAAGUUGGACUAUUACGAGGCGCAGAACAUGUAUCUUGGUAAAUUACAAGCGGCUCUCGGUCUGAGCAUCCCGAUAUUUGGCUCAAUCAUACCAAGCAUCCCGGGAAUGAUCAACUUUGCCAAGAAAAGGCUAGGAAUUAAAAAGACCUUUGUGCUCGAUCAUUCUUUGGAUAAUGCUCUGCGAAAGCCCCCUCCAUCUAGCCCCAAAGCGUCUGCCCUGAAAAGCUGGAUGGCGAAAACGAAGACGGCGAUUUCUAAGAAGAUGGAUCACUACCGAGAGAAGAUAAACACCAAAUAUGGCGGGAUUAAGGGAAUCUUCAAGAAAGUCAGCGAUGGACUGGCACUCGUGUUUGGAUACGUGAGCACAGCUUAUGGGAUCUAUAACAUUGUUAAGAGCUUCGAAGAUUGUGAUGCCAAGGAAAGAAAGGUCCUUAAAGCCUUGGAGGAGUUCAAGAAAGCGGAUGCGACUAUGGACGAAGCUAUCACCAAUGCAACUAAAAGUAAAACAAUCCUUGAAAAGGCCUGGAUGGAACUUCACAAGGGUCUAUCUGAAGAUGCGCUUAUAAAGGAUCUAGAAGAAGUCAAAAACGUUGUUGCUAGCGUUUCUGAGAAAAGCCAAGAUUUGCAAGAUGCAGUGGAGAAGGUGCAGACCUAUAUUGACAAUGUCGGCAGCGCCUCCUCUUAUCAAGAACUUUACAAUUUAGUGCAAGAACUUGCGAAUGGGCUCACCUCCAUUCCGUUCACUCUCAGUUGCUACACCAACAAAGUCAAGAUGGCGGACUACGUGCUUCGCGGCUGUAAACGAGGAGACGACUCGUUUGACGCGCUCUAUGACAUGGGCCUGUCUUCCUUCGACACAAAUGCUGAGGAGUGCAAGGACAAGGUGGGGUUCACAUACCUGGAAAAGUACUCCGUGCACAAAGGAUUAGAGAAAAUGGCGAGAGAGGAGGGCUUUGAUACGGACUGUGUGCUCAACUCUCCUCUAAGGAAAACACAGGCGUGCGAGUACCAAAAUGAGGGAUACAACGCGGACAAAAUUGCGGAGAUGUUAAAGUUGACUUUGGAGCAGGUAAAAAGUCUGACAGAAGACUGUCCAAAGAGAGGCCUAACACCAAAAGACGAAAGGACAGUGUGCAAGAUGAGAAAGCGCAAAAAUGACAACAAGACAAUUGCAGAGGAUUUGGAAUUAGACCUCGAGCUAGUGGAGGCCGUCAAAUGCCCUCCGUAGAUCAGCUCAAAUCCAAAAAUCAAACCCAAGGAUAUACAACAAAGAGACCCAAAAUCAGAAUAGCAUUUCAGUGAAUAAUAUCUAAUGUUCAGUGGAUGCUUGGGCUAUAAAUAGUUAGAUAUUGAAAACCUGUGUAAAUGAGACAAGAACUAUAUUUGAUUAUUAAAAGUUACAGGUCUAAGCAAA